UGUUUUCAACUCAUUUUAUUUUUUUUACUGUCAAAUCACUCAAAUUGUUUUAAACCAAACGACAAACAAUAAAAACCGUGUUAUAUAUAAAUACAAAUCAAGUUAAGGAUUAACUUUGAAUCCUUACUAUUCCAAGUUUAAAUCGCAUAAUAUAGUAACGCAAUGGUAGAAUGUUCGUUGUGCUCGUUGCUGAAUUUUCUAUUCAAUUGCAUCUACCAUGUGAUCAGUUGCGCUUUGGAGUACCCACUGGUGGUGAUGGCGCUCAGUUUUCUAAUCGCGUUGGUUUUCGUCACAAAUAUCUAUACGGCCAAAUUGAUUUGUGAUUUUCGUUGUCCGGGUCGUGGUGCCUCCGCAGGCGGUGGCAGUUGUGGCACGGCUGCAGGCGGUGGUGGUGGUGAAUAUAAUAGUUCAAUGAAUUUUGAUUAUGGACCUGAUAAUGGACCACACAAUUGGCGUUGCUCAGAUGCGAAUCAAUCGCCCAUCAAUAUAAUCGAAGAGAAUGUGCAAAAAUUUCCCAUUCGUGAAUUACUCUGCUGGAAUCACUACGACGAUUUGCCCAAUGGCAUUAUGCUGGAGAAUAACGGUCAUACAGUUGUGCUGCGCGCCUGCUUCUCGGGCAAUACUCCAACUGUCAGUGGCGCUGAUCUGCUGGCCUGUUACACUUUUGUUGAGUUGUGCUUCCGUUGGAGUCUGCUGAGCAAUGAUGGCUCAGAGCACAUGCUGAAUUAUCGCAAAUUUCCAUUAGAACUACAGGCAAUGCACCGCACCGGUCCAACUGGUGAUUGCACAUCCAGCUAUGACCUGCUCAUGGUUGGCUACUUCUUUGAGGUGUCAGCGAAUAAUCCUUAUCUCGAUCCGCUUGUGCAAAAUUUACAUCGUAUACAGAAACCGGGUUCCAAAAUCGAAAUUCCACCAUUUCCUCUCUCCUAUCUACUCUAUCAAUUUCGUACUGGCUUCUACAGUUAUGGCGGUUCGCUAACUGAGCCACCCUGCUACCAAGGUGCCGAAUGGUUUCUCUUUCCCGAACCUUUGGCGAUCAGCGAACGCCAGCUGAGUGAAUUCCGUCAGUUACUCUCGAAGGACGGCAAAACACGCAUUCUGCGCAAUUCGCGUCCCGUUCAAAAUAUCAAUUGCACACGUGUGGUGAACUUGAAUCAGUAUAAUCCUAUUGAAGCUUGCCAAAUGGAGCCGCCCGUGUCUGAGGUACAAUGUGAGGAUGAGGAAAGUUUCGAAUAGCAUUGCUAUUCUUAAAUAUGAAACAUUCAGAAUCUAAUAUAAUAUUAACUUGUAUAUUUGUAAAUUUAUUUUACGAAAAUAUAUGCCGCGAUACAGUUUAUGUAUAAA